GUGAUUGCACAAAGGGAUGAAGCCUUCUCUUGUAACAAAAGGAAGAACCUCAUCCUUGCACAGUUAAGAAGCUCAAAUGUAAGUUCUCAUCAUCUGGUUCAUUCCUUUGUUUCUUAGGGAAAAAUUCUCUUGUAUUUUUCAAAUUGUAGAUUCAAAUGAUUUUUUUGCUUAGGUUCAUAUGCUACAAGCAUUAUAUUCUCAUUUGACAUAGCCUAAAUUCAUUUGAUUCUGUAUUUUUGGAUGCAUUGGUUUCUUCUCAAUUCAAAAUGAGUAUACUAACUUACUGGAAAAUAAAUAACAGUAGCAUCUAAUUUGAAGCUUGUCAGGUUGAAGAAAAGGUGACACUGCAUUCUUCAGUUGGAAAAAACACAGAAAGAAACCAGAUAGAAGUACUAAUUGAUGAAAACACAAGAACAAGAAGGUUUGUACAGUGUGAUCCUACAUUUAGUAGUGAUUACCGCGAGUGUAACUUGGGUUACAAGCAUCAACUAACAAAAAAUGACUUACUUGCACGAAAAGUAAGAGAUCAAAUGAAAUGCAGAGUAGAAGAUAUUGCAAAGCGAAACACUUUUGGUGUUUCCACUCUUUUAUACAAGCACUUUUUUGGUACUUUGGAAACAACCAACAUGAAAAAGGAAAUAUUAUUAGCAUUUCUUCAUGAUCCUGUCUCUCCUAUGGUCUACCACUUCCAUAAACAACGCGUGAAACGAGCAAAAGUGACACUAAAUAGGUCUGAAUCAUUUCCUUUUCACGAUUCUCUACCAAAAUGGAAAGGAAGAUUAUAUUGUGGCAAUGAAACACAAAAGUUAGUCCAAUAUGAGUCCACAAAAACAUUUUAUGAACAUGUCAUGCCUCCAUUAACAAAAGGAAGAGUAAAUGGAAAUUUCAAUAUAAACGAAGCGGAGAUUGUAAGAGAUGUUAGUUUUUCUUCAGGUUAUGCAAAGGGUCAGAAACAUAAAGAAAUCAAACAUGUUAAUAUGAAUCUCAAACAAAAAAUAGAGCACGUAACCGGAGAGAGCGAAAAAGAAAAGAUUCGAGUCGCUAUGGAUUCGGUCAUUCAUAAACUUCCUCAAGGACAAGGAAUAUCAGAUGAGUUGAAGAAGGAAAUUUUGAAGAAAUUGACAGAUCCUAUUAUUAAAAGAGAAGUUCAAUACAAGAACUGUAUAAGAAGAAUCAAGUCUCUUGAAGAACCACUAGAAAGUUACUUCAAACAGAAAGAGAAUAGCUUCAGAAUAGAAGAUAUACAUCUUCAAUAUGAGAAACUAAAAUUAGUGAAAGAAAAGUCACAUUCUUCACCAUUGAGAAUGUUGAUACCUUUAGAAAGAAUUCUUUCAUUACCUGAUCUUCAAUCUUUUUCCUAUGCUUCACCAUUGAGUUUCAAUGACCAAGAUAUUAUGGCAAUAAAAGAAUACAAGGCUUCAAUAGCAGCAUCAGAUUCAAAAUCUAAGGCGAGAUCUUCCGAUAGACCGAAUAAUGUGGAUGAGCAACAAGUGACUAAGAAGGAUUCCCUUAAAGUGAUUAAAACCACAAAGAAUGCUCACAAAUUGGAGAUUCAAACCAAGAAGUUCAACCAUGAGAUUCCUCAUAUUCAUGUGGACACCAAAGACAAAGAUGAGUUUAAUUAUGUGAAAUAUGUACUUGAGAUAUCUGGACUCACUAGUAAUGAAAGUCUUUCUUCAUGGCAUGCUAAAGACACCCCCCUUGAUCCAUCACUAUAUGAAGAAAUGGAAAAUGAUCCUGAAUUUUGUUCUCACAAAGGUGGUCAAUGUAAUCACCAUGUAUUAUUUGAUUUAAUUAAUGAGACAAUGUUGGAAAUUUAUGGGAGGUCACAUUGUUGCCCUCCUAUAGGGUGUCACAUUCUUCAUAAAGUUUGGACUCAUAUGAGCAAGUCUUUGGGUUUGAGAUACAAAGUUGACCAAACAAUAGAUGAUCAUGUAGGUAGAGAUUUCUCAUCAAAAAGUGAUGGGUGGGUCAACCAUCAUAUUUAUGAUGAAUGUGUUGGUUUGGAGAUUGAAGACAUGAUUUUUCAUGAUCUAUUGGAGGAAAUAAUGUUGGACUUAGCUUGUUUAUGAGAAAGUUGUUGAAAUAAUGUCAAAUUUCUCUAAAUUAUGUUAGAUUUCAUUUUUAAC